AUGAACAAAGAAUAUAAUACAGUUCGGACAACGUCUAAUGAACAAUCAUUUCUUCCCAUUAAUCCAUUUGCUGAACCAACAACAACAAUGUCAUCAACAACAAAUCCCAAUCAUCCUCAUAUUGGAGAUGAUGACAUGAUUGACAUUGAUUUUCGAAAUACAACUAAUGAAAAAUUAAAUAGUGGUGUAAUGAAUGUUGAUUUAGUUAAUACACGUUAUGAUGAUUUUCAAACAAUUGAUUGGCUUAAAGAUUUAAUGCGUGAUCGUUUCCGUCAUCGUUUACUACGUGCUAAAACACGUCAAUCAUUUUUAAAUAAAAUUUUAAUGUAUCAUGAUGCAUGGUCUGGUUGGUUAUGUGUAUUACUUGUUGGUUUAAGUGCCGGUGUUAUUGCUGGUGUUAUUGAUAUUGGAACUAACUGGAUAUCACAUUUAAAACAUGGAAUAUGUCUUAAUGCAUUUUGGCUGAAUAGAGAACAAUGUUGUUGGGCCUCGAGAAAUCUUCAGUAUACAAAUGUAAAUACAGAAGAAUGUACUGAGUGGUUUACCUGGCCACAAGUAUUUGGUACAUACAAAACAGGAGCUGGUCAAUUUUUAUUAUCUUACAUAAUGUAUAUAUUUUGGUCGACGAUAUUUGCGUCGUUUGCCGUUCUUUUAGUUAAAGUAUUUGCACCAUAUGCGUGUGGUAGCGGUAUUCCAGAAAUUAAGACGAUUUUAGGUGGUUUUAUUAUACGAGGAUAUUUGGGUAAAUGGACUUUACUGAUAAAAAGUAUUGGCAUGAUGUGUGCGACUAGUGCUGGCCUUAUAUUGGGUAAAGAAGGUCCAUUUGUUCAUAUUGCUUGUUGUUGUGGCAAUAUAUUUUCAUAUCUUUUUCCAAAAUAUGGACGAAAUGAAGCAAAAAAACGAGAAAUUCUAUCUGCAGCUGCCGCGGCUGGUGUUUCAGUUGCAUUUGGUGCACCAAUUGGUGGUGUUUUAUUUAGUUUAGAAGAAAUCUCGUAUUAUUUUCCAUAUAAAACGCUAUGGCGAUCAUUUUUCUGUGCUAUGGUUGGUGCACUUGUUGUUCGUUCGAUAAAUCCAUAUGGAAAUGGACAUGAUAUACAAUUUAGUAUUGAUUAUUCUGUACCAUGGGCAUCUUUUGAAAUGAUACCAUUUAUUUUAUUAGGCAUUCUCGGGGGUUUAUGGGGAGCAUUUUUUAUAAAAACAAAUAUAUGGUGGUGUCGUUUUCGAAAAAAUUCACGACUUGGACAAUAUACAAUACUUGAAGUUGUUGGUCUAGCAUUAAUUACUGCUUCUAUUAUUUAUCUAAAUCCUUAUACACGUAUGUCAAUGUCAGAAUUAAUCAAACGUUUAGUUAGUCAAUGUCGUGUUGAAGAUAUGAUUGAUCUAUGUGAUUAUCCUAAUUCUCAAUUUGUUACUGGUAAAUCAAAAGGAUCAGUAGGUUUAGCUGGUCCAGGUGUACAUCGUGCUAUAUGGCAAUUAUUUUUUGCGCUUAUUGUUCAAGUUGCACUUGUAACAUUUACAAUAGGUGUUAAAGUUCCAUCAGGUUUAAUCAUUCCAUCAAUGUCAAUUGGAGCUAUAACUGGACGUAUUAUUGGUAUUAUUACAGAACAAUUAGCUAUACAAAAUCCCUCAUUUAUUCUUUUUCGACAUGAUUGUAGUAAAGAGGAAAAUUGUGUGACACCAGCCUUAUAUGCAAUUGUGGGUGCAUGUGCAUUUUUAGGUGGUGUUAGUAAAAUGACAAUAUCACUUGUUGUUAUUAUGUUUGAAUUAACAGGUGGUUUAACUUAUAUUGUACCGUUAAUGGCAGCUGCUAUGACAGCAAAAUGGAUUGGUGAUGGUUUUGUACGUGGUGGAAUUUAUGAUGCACAUAUUGAAUUAAAUGGGUAUCCUUUUCUGGAUAAUAAAGAAGAAUUUAAUCUUACAACAACUGCUGAAGAAGUUAUGCGUCCUCGACCGGAACAACGUUCAGCAUUAGCUUUUUUAACACAAAGUACUAUGACAUUUGCGGAUGUAGAAAAUCUAUUAAAAGAAACAACGCAUACAUUAUAUCCCGUUGUUGUUACACGUGAACAACCAUAUGUUGUUGGUCAAGUACUUAGGCGUGAUCUACAAAUUGUUCUUAAAUCACAAAAAAUGCAUCGUUAUCGUCUUUCGUCUACUGUAAUUCAAUUUACAACAACAUCAGAAGCAACACUAAAUCCCGACUAUGAAUCUGAUAAUCAACCUGAGCAACAAUUAACUGCAAAUUCGGAAGUUAUUCGUGUUGGUAAUUUACUUGAUCAGGCACCAAUUAUUGUUACUGAUCAAACUCCCAUGGAAACAGUAAUUGAUUUAUUUCGUAAAUUAGGUCUACGACAAGCUUUUGUAACACGUAAUGGUCGUUUACGAGGAAUUAUAACUAAAAAAGAUAUUCUCCGUCAUAUACAACAAAUGUCUUCACAUAAUUCUGAAGCAACAUAUUUUGACAAUUAA